CCCUCUUAGCUAGUUGCCUCCCUCGUGCGGCGCUUGCGGCUCUAGUCUCGAGUGUCCGAUAUUUCCGUUCGCUCUACUGCGGCUGCCGUCUGUGCUGUCUGCUAUUCGCAGUUAUUGAGGCUAGCCGUUUGAAAUUCGCAGGACGACGGUCAGACAUUCGCAUUCCGGCGACGGAGACAUUCGCAGACGGCCGAUUAGACAUUCACCAAGCGACGAUAGAUAAUUUGCCUCGAUGUCGACGACUUACGACGAGCUCGCUUCGGCUCGGUCGAAAUUCGAGGAGCUUAUAUCGAAGAUCCUCUUAACAAAGCAGAGACAGAUCAAAGCGCAGGACAGCGAUGAGAUCGAAGACAAAGAAGCCGCUUCUUCCGCUCUCGACGACAUUCAGGAGUUUUCAACGCAGGCGUCGGUGGUUCUCCUAGAUCUGCGCCGUCUGAACCGUCAGAUCUUAAACGACGAGGAGCGCGUUAAAGCCGAGACCGAGGCGGCGCGAGCUCCGGUGGACACGACCGCUCUACGGCUGCAUAAUCUCCAAUAUAAGAUGAACCACCACGCGAGGGCCAUCGCCGCGUAUAGGGAUUUCGUUUCAAGGCAUCCGGAUAUUGAGCUAGUGAGCGCGCACGAGUUCUUUAUGGAAGCACCGGAGAGCCUUAAAUCGGAGCCGGGGUUGGAGAAAGACCCGCACCGGCUGAUGCUGCAGCGACUCAACUACGAGCUCUAUCAGCGCAAGGAGCUGGUCCGCGCGCGGGAGAUGCUCGAAAUCCGCCGGCGGACGCUCCAGGAGAGUAUCAGCAGCCGGAAAAAGUUUCUGGGCAGCCUUCCCGGGCAGCUGAAAGCCCUGAAGAAGGCGUCCGGGCCGCUGCAGCAGCAGAUGGGGAUGCACCACUCGCGGCGGGUUAAGCAGCACCGCUUAGCGUCGCUCCUCCCGCCGCCGCUCUACGUUCUAUACUCGCAAUUAGCUGCCCGGAGAGACUCGUUAGAAGAAGCGAUAGAGGUCGAGAUUGAGGGGAGUGUACGAGAGGCUGAAGCUUUUGCUGCUAUGGUGGAAGAGAGGGAAGCGGCGGCUGCUGCUGCUGCUGCCGCUGCAGCAAGAGGGGGAGAUAGGGUGGGAGGGGGUGAGGAGGGGGAGGAGGAAGAGAGAGAGGAGGGAGAGGGGGAGAGGGAGGAGGAAGAGGAGGAGGGGUUGAGGAGGAGGCGGAGGAAGACUGAUACUGAGAACGACGGUGCGGGAGCCGCCGCUGCUGCUGCUGCUGCUACCGAAGGUGUUGCUGAUGUUAAUGAUGCUGCUAAUGCUGGUGCAGAUGCCGGUGCUGAUGGUGCUGGCGCUGACGCCGCCGCCGCAGACGGUGGUGGUAAUGGCGGUGGUGAUGGUGAUGGUGAUGGAAACGGUAGUGGUGGUGGUGGUGGUGGUGGUGCUAUGGUGAUCAGUGACGGGGACAAGAAGCAGGCGCAGCCAAAUGCGCUGAUUGGCGCAAUUGACCUUAUAGGCGCUGUUGACUCGCCCCACCCGCUGUCGGUGGUGCUUCGGCUGCUUGAUCCCAGGGGACGGGAGGAGAGUGGGAAAGGGGAAGCGGCCGGGCAGGGAGGGGAACGAGGGGCGGAGGAGGAGGAAAAAGAGAAGGAGAAGGACAAGGCGAAAGAGAAGGAGAAGGAAAAGGAGAAGGAGAAGGCGAAAGAGAGGGAGAAGGGCAAGGCGAAGGACAAAGAAGACUCCCAGCAGCCAGCGCUGCUCGUCCUUCGCUUCGAGAUGCUGUGGAACCUCGGCGUCAUCUGCGCAGGCCCAGUCGAACCCCAAACCCCGACCCUCCUCCCCCCCUCCUCCUCCUUCUCCUUCUUCCCCGCCCCUCCCAACCCCACCCCUUCGCCCUCCCCCCUCGCCCUCCACACCGUCCUCACCAACCUCUUUCCUGAAGACUCAGGCCUGCUCUUUCCGAAUAUGGCUAAGGAGCCGUUGGCGCGGGAGUGUGGGUUCGUGGCAUCGCUGCCGGUUCGCGUCUCCCGGCCGUACUUCUGGGCCCAGCUCAUGUGCGGCUUGGACUUCCUCCCGCCCCUCCCUCCCUCCUUCCUGCUCCCCUCCGGCCCUGCUGCUGCUGCUGGUGGUGGUGGUGGUGGUAAAGGUGAUGGGGGCACGUCUGCCGGUGCUGCUAUGGAGGUCGAUCCUUCAGCUGCUGCGUCAAGAGCUGCUGCUGAUCCUGCUGCUGCUGCUGCUGUUACUGCCGCUGCAGCAACGGCAUUGACAGCAGUGAGGGAGGGAGGGGCAGCAGAGGCAGGGCCAGGGGCCACGCGGGCGGCGCUGCUGGGGCGGCUGGAGGCGUUCAGGGAGGAGCGGCGGCUGGGGCGAGUGCUGCAGGUGGUGCGGGAGAGAGUCAUGGCCGCGAGAGAGCUCAACGCGAUUCUCUCCUCCCUCGCUUCAAGCACACUCCCCACUAUCACGCCUUCCAACAGCACCACUGCCGCCCCUUACUUCUCCGGGCCGUGGCCAGAAGAUUCUGGGUAUCUUCCGCGAUGCUCCAUUCUGAGCUGGCGGCUUCUCAUUGGCCCGCUGGGAUUUCCAGGCGCCACGUGUAGCAGCCAGAUUGGUGGGAAGGCAGAGGAGGGGGACCUAGCAGGUGGGAAGGGAGGGGAGAAGAAGGGGAAGGAGAGGCGUGGGGAGGGGAGGAGCGAGAGGGAGGGCGAUAAGGAGAAGAGUGAUAGGAAAGGCGAUGAGAGAAAGGGGGAGAAAGGCUCAGGGGAGGAUGGGUCUCGCAGCCGCAGCACAGCAGGAGGAAAGGGUAGAGACGAGGGCGUGGGAAGCAAAGAAGGGGGUGGUCUGACAGUUGUUCGCUUGGGAGGAGAGGGCGGGGCGUCAGUCGGUGAGGCGUUAGCCAGGGCGCUGGUAGCGGCACAGAAGAGGAGGUUGGGGGGCCUGUUAGAGCUAGGUGCGGUGGGAGGGGGGUCAGGAGGGAAGGGGGACGAAGGGGGUGGGAAGAAGCGGGCGAGUGAGGGAAGGGGCAAUGGUAGAGAGAGGAGGAGCAGCAGGGAUGGCAAGGAGAAGGGCGAUGGGAAGGAGAAGGGCGAUGGUAAAGGGAAUGAUGCGAAAGCGAGUGAUGGUAGCAAGGCAGGCGAGGAUGCACGGUUGGUGGAGGAGAAGGAUGGAGCGGGGGAGAGUAGGCGAUCGAGCGGGGGUAAAGUGGCAACUGUAGCAAUGAGAGCAGCGGAAGGGGACGGAGGGGGCGGAGGGGGCGGAGAGAGCAGUGAGGGGAUAGAGGGCGGGGUGUGGGUGUCCUUGCCCUGGUCGUGGGCGGCGGCGCAUGGCAUUCAUCCCUCCACCCCUGCUGCUGCCGCCUGGGAGGCUGCUCUGGGGCCUGGAGCAUGCGUCUAUGAGCUGCUUGUGAGGGGUGGUGGGAGUGGUGCGGGUGCAAGUGGUGGGCGGAAGGGGAGGAAGGAGGAGAGCGAGGGGGCAACGUUUGACCUGCAGGCGCUGGUUGCGAUCUAUCCGGACUUCCCUCUCCGCCCUCCUCUCUUCUCCCUCCACCUUCUCCCCUGUGCCCCUCCUUCCUCAUCCGCCACCCGUCAACAACCCCUCCUCCCCUCCGCCACCGCCCAAGCCACACUGGCGGUGACUGCUUCACCCCCCUCCUCCUUGCUGUUGGAUGGGCUGUUUUCGCUCGAGUCCGAGGUCAACAUGGGAUGCACAGGAGGCGAAACCGGUCCGUUGUCAUCGUACCUGACCCCGAUUCUCCUCUACCACCAGCUACGUCACCUGCUAAGGGGCUUCGACACACUUGUGAAUUCUUUUUCUGAUCCUACAUCUCAAGCCGCUUCUGCGAGAAGUGGUCAUUUUGCGCGAGCAUUUCGAGGUCGCAAUCGGGAGUGCAUGUAGGGCACGGUUCUGAUGAGGCAACUCAAGGGGAUCUAGUAGAGAACGAGCAUAUUUGUGCCAGUGCUUUUCUGUAAUUGUUUGUGACCUAAUCAAGUGCUGGUAGUUUC